AGUAAUUAAUCGAUAAUAUUAAAUAAUUAGGCUUAAGAAGGAGGAUGUAUUUAUUUCAAUGGAGAAUACAAUUUGGAAGACACUAAUUUCAUUUAGACUUAAUUGCUAGAUAAUAAUGCUCAAGUCUUUGCAAAUAAUUUGAUAGAAACCCCAACACAUUUAGCCUUAAUUAUUAAUUAAAAAGAGUUGCGCUCAAUACAUCUUGAAAGUAAUGCUUCUUCAAAAUAAUUGUUAAUAAUUGAUCCUUAUCUGAUUAUAGAACAAGAAAAGUAAUACUAUACUAAUCACCUCAUGCUUCCAAAUGGUUAGGAAUUUAAAAAUUAUCAAAUAGUAUUGCCUAAAACUUCAAAAACUUUGUAAUAUAUAUAUGAGAUUGUGCUAUCAUUUAAAAACAGUAGGAAUGAAUAGCUUUUUAAUUUAAUUAACUCAAGCUGUAGCCUCAAUAGUUUUAUAUAAUAUAAGAAUGGAUCAAUAUAGGAGUUCAAAAGAAUAGCAAGUAUAGAUUUUAAUUUUAGAGGAACUAUUUUGAUUUGGGUUUGA